GUUUGAUAGCAAUCCGAGUUCUUUAGGUGAGCAAACUUGUCCGGUAUCCACGGAACUCAGUUCUUGCCGUUAGGUUUCAGGUUCCAACUGUCUCUUCGUCUCUGUACAAUUCUUAGGUUGAUGAAGCUGUUUUGCAAACGCCAUUACAGCUACUCCAGAUUCCCUCUCAAUCUUAAUCUAAACCGUCAUACACAAUCGCGGGUCCCAGAAAUCCUUAAUCUCUGCAAAUCAGGAUAUCUUUUAGACGCUAUCAAUCUCCUUAAUUUAACAGAUCCUAAAGAAAUCUAUACCAAACCAGUUAUUUAUGCUUCUCUCUUACAAACAUCUGUCAAAGCAAAUUCGUUCAACCAUGGACUUCAAAUUCAAUCCCACAUUAUUAAAUCCGGCCUCGAAGCUGAUCGCUUUGUCGGAAACAGUUUACUCUCUCUUUAUUUCAAACUUUGCUCUGAUUUUUCUGAAAGUGAAAAGGUGUUUAACAACUUACUUGUAAAAGAUGUAAUCUCCUGGACAUCAAUGGUAUCAGGUUAUGUGCGUGCUGGAAAACCCAAGCAAUCACUGGAAAUUUAUUGUAAAAUGUUGGAGGUUGGGAUUGAAUCUAAUGCAUUCACACUCUCUGCAAUGAUUAAAGCUUGUUCGGGCCUUGGUGAUCUAAGGCUCGGAAUUUGCUUUCAUGCUGUCGUUUUUGUGAGAGGUUUCGAUAAGAAUCAUGUAAUUUCUAGUGCCUUAAUUGAUAUGUAUGGGAAAAAUGCUUCCCCGGAUGACGCUCAUGGAGUAUUCGAAGAAAUGACUGAACCAGAUUUUGUUUGUUGGACUACGGUGAUUUCAGCAUUUACGAGGAAUGAUCGGUAUGAAAAGGCUUUAGAAUUUUAUUAUUUAAUGCAAAGUAAGUAUAAUUCAUUUGCAGAUGAAUUUACGGUUGGAACUGUUUUGACAGCUUGUGGAAAUCUAGGCAGAGUAAAACAAGGUAAAGAAGUUCAUGCCAAGGUUGUUACUGCUGGAAUUUGUGGGAAUGUCAUUGUUGAGAGUAGCCUUGUAGAUAUGUAUGGAAAAUGUGGAUUAGUGAGUUGUUCUCGUCAAGUUUUUGAUAGAAUGCCCAAGAAAAAUUCAGUUUCUUGGUGUGCACUUCUAGGGGCUUAUUGUCAAAAUGGUGACUUUGGAUCCGUUAUUGGGAUAUUCAGAGAGAUGGAAAAGACGGACGAUUUAUACAGUUUUGGGACUGUUCUUCGUGCUUGCGCAGGUUUAGCAGUUGUGAGACAAGGGAAAGAAGUCCACUGUCAAUACUUGAAGAAAAGGGGAUGGAGGGAUGUUGUUGUGGAAUCUGCUCUUGUUGAUCUUUACGCUAAAUGUGGGUUAAUCGAUUAUGCUCACAGAGUAUUUAAAGAGGUUCCUGUUAGAAAUUCGAUAACUUGGAAUUCGAUGAUUUGUGGGUAUGCUCAAAAUGGUAAAGUUGAAGAAGCUCUUAGGAUGUUUAAUGAGAUGAUUAACGAAGGGAUCAAGCCUGACUAUAUUAGUUUCAUUGGGGUACUUUUUGGUUUUAGCCAUACAGGUUUGGUUGAACAGGGACGAAAAUAUUUCAAAUUGAUGAAUGAAGAGUACAAAAUCGAUCCUGGCGUAGAGCAUUAUAAUUGUAUGGUUGAUCUUCUUGGUCGAGCUGGAUUACUUGAAGAAGCUGAAGACUUGAUUGUAAAGUCAGUUUUCGAAAGUGAUAUGUCUGUUUGGGAAACUCUUCUUGGUGCUUGCACAGCCCAAUCAGAUUUGGUUAUGGCUACACGUGUUGCGAAGAAAAUGAUUGAACUUAAACCAGAUUACCAUUUGAGCUACAUCCUAUUAGGAAAUGUGUAUAGAGCGGCUGGCAAGUGGGACGAUGCUACAAAACUUAGGAGCUUGAUGAAGGAACGAGGUGUAAAGAAAAUGCCUGGUAAGAGUUGGAUUGAGAUCAGUAGGAGUCAGGUUCUUAAUCCUACAAAUCUAGCUAAUGCUGGUUUACAACAAAAGGAAUUUUUCUAGAAAAUGGGAACGUAAGCUUUGAGAUGACGAGAUUUAUUGGGGUCAACUGCAAAAACAGUGAAUUUGGCUAACAAUAAUCUUGAGUAAAAUUUUCAUGUUUGCUUCCCAGUUGUUAUCUUUUCCAGUCGUGGUUUCAAGCACGACCCACCGAAGAGAACGUUAGUGGUGAAUUUUUGCAGAUUCACCAAUGUACCAUAUGAGGAGCUGGAUUCACCCAUUACAUACUGAAAGGCAAGAAACCUGGUUACUAGUUCGUUUCAUUUGGCUGUCAGAGGAAAAUUGAAAGCUCGGUAGAUAAUUCUACUCCUCUGGAAAGACAAAGAUCUCUCCUGUGCUACAUGCCCGUGUACUAUUUGGAAAUAGUGUCGGUUUGAAUGUUACGUGAAGAACAUGAGCAAGAAACUCAAGAAAGGUUAAGAGACCUCACAGUCACAACAUAACUGUUAAGGAUAACACAAUUAUCGUUCCUAGAGACUCUCAACUAAGUCAGUCAGUCAGUCAACAGAGCAAGUAAAUAGCUAGUCUUUAGGCUAUAUUUACCCUUCUGUUUAAGAGUUGUUAGUCAGUCUUUUGAAUCUAUUCAAACUGUGUAACAAAUCUGUAACUGUUCUGCAGAAUCUUUUUAGUAUAAAUAAGACGGCUAUCUCCACAGAUUGUGGAAGUUAUUCUACCAAA